UAGUUUUUGAAAAAACUAACAUUUUUUGAAAUAGAAAAAAUAUAAAUAAAAAAAUAAUAUAAACUAAAAAAUAAAAAAAAAUGCAACUACGCAACUGUCAUAACACGAAGAAGAAAAAGUAAAAUAAAAGUAGUAACAAAAAAAAAAAAAGGUAAAAAAAGAAGAAAAAUAAUUUUUGAAAAGAUUCCAUUAAAAUAAUAUUGAUUUUGCGAGAAUCAUCUCCACGGCAACAAUGCGAUAUCCACGGCCACAAUGCAUCUGACUCUGUGUUAUGUCCACAUGAAAUGUUAUAAAAUGACAUGAAUAUAAAAAUAGAAAGAGUUAAUACAAAGAUGGCAAAGAUCAGGUGUAUUUUUCUGAUUGUGGUUCUUUUGUCUGCUGCACGUUAUUUAAAUGUAUUCUUAGAAAUCUUCUUACCGUUGCCACGAUAUAGUCGAUUUAUAGACUUCUAUAACAAGCAUAUUUCCACAAGUAAUAGCGAAAAAUUAAAUAAAAUGUUAAAACUCAAUUUUACUUAUGAUCCUAAAUUAUUGCCAAGACUAAACGAAACAUUUGGAAAAAACAUUUUUUUUGCUAACAUCACUUGUGAUGAAAUCCAACCAAAAAUAUUGUUGUAUAAUAGAAUUUUUAAAACAGGCAGUUCAACAAUAGAAGACUUGCUGACACGAAUGUCAAGCGAUCAUUGGUUUACUCUAUACAAGUUUACAACUGAAGAUUGGUACAACACUGGAGAUUCGUUUCCAUAUCCACAAGUAAUCGAAUGGAAAAUGUUGGAUAGCUUUAAUUUUACAGCAUUUGUUGCCCAUUUUUUCUUUAGAAAAUCGCUACGCAUAAACAAAGAAUACACUUAUAUAAAUUUAGUUAGAAACCCUGUGGAUAGAGUCUUAUCGCAUUAUUACUAUAUGAGAAACGAAAAAUUAAGAAGAGAAUUCCGAAUAUUAGAGCUCAAACAGUCAGGAGAAUUCAACGAAUCUUUGUUUGACUGUAUACAAAAUCAACAUCGAGGUUGCGAAGAUAAUGUAAUGACAAGAUUUUUUUGCGGACCAAGUCAUUACUGCAAAACAGGCUCCUUUAAAGCGCUUCAAACAGCAAAGUAUAACAUAGAGCACCAUUACGCUGUAGUUGGAACACUUGAAAAUAUCAACUUGUUUAUACAAGUCGCAAGGUUGCGAUUGCCAAUUUUUUUUAACCAUACUUAUGUAAAUGAAAUUCCGAAAAUAAAAGAAAAUAAAGUUACACGAAGCAGCUCGUCUGCAUUAAUUACACUUAUUCGUAAUAGAAAUAAAGCAGAUAGUUUGCUUUAUGAAUAUGCAAAAACUAGAUUUUUAAAACAAUGGGAGAUUUGCCAAACAACUAGACGGGUAUAUGUAUAAUUACAUUUAUAAUAUUUACCAUUCAUUUAAAUGUUACAAAAAUACAAGAUUGUAUAAUACAUCUGACAAAUAAUCAACUGAA